UGGUAGAAGGGCCGAUCAACCCGGGACCCCCAACAUUUUCACACCUCCAGCAGCCAGCCAAUGACAACUCAGUGAUGACAACCUUGUCCAACGCUCACAACGCUCAUUAAUAAUUAACAUAAACCUGUCGCAACAUCCAGCAGUGGAAUGGCGUAUAUCAACACAAUAACAAUAAGCACCGCAAUUCCCUUUGCACUCUUAGAGCCCAAAAGCUAGAUUCUUGACUUUUUAAGAUCUUUCCAUUAAAAGUCGAAUACUCCACCCAACAACCUUCACUCCCUUAAUAAUAUAUAUAUAUCUCGCAUCUGCCCGCGUUCGACCAUGACAACAGGAGCAGUAGCAGCUCCAGCUCCAGCGCCAACGCAAGAAACCCCCUGGCAUGAAGCAUUCCCAGCACCAAGGACCAAAGCUGCAGCCAUUUCACGCUCAGAAGUUCUUGGGUGGUUGAAGGAUGUCUCGAAAAAGAGUUCGCUGGUAGACUUUGUGCUGAUUGAUGUGAGAAGGGCGGACCAUGAGGGCGGCACAAUAUCCACAUCCAUAAACCUCCCUGCCCAAAGCCUCUACCCGUCCAUUCCCACUGUAUACUCGAUCUUCAAGCAGGCCGGUGUUAAGAAGGUCAUCUGGUAUUGCGGUUCAUCCCGCGGACGCGGAACCCGCACAAGCGGUUGGUUUGCAGAUUAUAUCCUGGAGAAAGAGGGUGAAAGUGCUGGAGGAAUGCAGAGUCUGGUAUUGGAGGGAGGGAUUAAGGGGUGGGUCGGUGCUGGGGAGGAGUAUGUGGAACACAUCGUCGGGUACAAGGCAUCCGCUUGGAAAGGCACAGAGGGUGCUUAGGAAUAAAAAAGACUAAGCGACGAGAUAGAAACCUCAGUUAACACUUGAAAUAUUCAAUGAGAAUAAAACAAAAAAAAUAUUUCUAUCGUUUGUCUAUGAUGAUAAUCGUACGCAGCUCACAGGGAAUAAAGAUAGGGUGGAAGUAUAAUGAGGGGUUAAUAAUAAAAUAUGAAAAUAAAACUAGGAACGCCAGAAACGGACAAAAUAGAUAGCGUCAAGAUAUUACCCACCACCCGGAGGUAAAUUAUUCAGGAAUGAGCUUGAAACAAUCGAGAAAAUACUUGCGCAAAAGAAGUGAAAUGAUCAAGAGGGGUGCAGAGACCACCUGGAGGCUACAAAUUUUUGAUAGCCUUGAGCAGAACAUCCAUACCCCUUUCAGUUAUAGCACCUUGACCGUCUCCCGCCUCCACAUUACUCUUAUCUUUCAGCACCCAUGCAACAUCACUCCACCAUCCCAAACCAAUGAGCCCACCCCCUUUCCUGCGCUCAAGGCUUUCUUUCAACCGGCUGGUAUGCUCCCACUGCUUCGCGGCAACUUCUGCUCGCUCAACCACCUUGUCCGGAAUGCCGCACAUGGAAGCACAGUGCAUGCCGAAGCUUCCUUCCGCAACACCAUCUUCGAGUUUAUAUAGGAACGUAACACGCUUCUCUUCGUCAUCCACAUGGAUGCGCAUUCGUCGCGGGGCUAUCUCAGGAUGCCCUUCGAAUUCAGCAGUGAGUGAGUGAUAAUGGGUCGCGAAAAAGCCCAGCGCUCCAAUGUGAGUUGCAACAUGGUGAAGAACAGCUUGGGCCACCGCCAC